UAUAUAGAGAGAGAGAGAGAGUGUUUUUGUUUACAUACUGCAUUUAUUCCAAAAUACAAAACAAUAUAUUUUAAGAGGUUCCCAACCCCUGGACUUCUCUCCACCCCCCUCCCUGGUUUCAAAUCAUCUCUUGUACCUUUAUCUGAUUUAUUCACCUCCCUUAAUAAGGGACAGGCCCUGUCCUCAGGCUUGCAAGCUUCACACACACACACACACACACACGGAAGUGAGGACAAAAACGGUAAAAAGCAGUUUUUGCAAUGUCCAGAACAAAGUGAUGAGUUCUAAAUAAGCCUUUAUGUGACAGUUCCUGCCAGGCAGGUCUUUCCUUGCUGGUGGUUUUUGCAUGCACAGAAGUGAUGCUUUUGGCCCACCCGCCCUUGUUCCUCUGGGCCAAUGGCAAUGUGUGGCGUUCCCCUUCUGCUUUCCCGGCCAACCAGCCAUUGGGGCCCAGUGUUCUGGAAGGGAGGUGGGAAGGCAAGCUUCCUGCAGCAGUUGCUUCAUUGGUUGUUAUGCAGGGGUGUAACCUCCCAAUGGCUCUAAGAAAUAUGGCUGAUAGUUGGGGGCUAGAACAGGGGUCCCCAAACUUACGUCGCCGAGGGCUGGUGCUGCCAGCGCCGAUCGCGCUGCGGGAGCAUGCGCCCAUACACGUGCGAUUUCUGGCACACUUCCGGGUCGACGAAACACCGGAAAUAGCUUGUGCGCAUGCGUGUGGGCCUCCUCCAGCCCAGAAGUGUGUCGGAAAUAAUGCAUGCACACAAGCUAUUUCCGACGCUCCGGCAACCCGGAAGUGGGCAGCCGCGCCACGACGUUAAGAGUGGGGGUUGCCGGGGGCCGCAUAAAAGAGCCUCACGGGCCGCAUCUGGCCCCUGGGCCUUAGUUUGAGGAAGCCUGGGCUAGAAUAUGCUUCCCUAUUUUAUCUUUGAAAAAGCCAUGCACUCUAGUUAUCCAAAAAGGUUUCCUUUACAUGGAAAACUGGUGUGUCAGGUUGAAGGUUAGUCUAAAACCCUUCUUCCAGGCACCUUAACUUCCUGAUUGCUGAUAAAUUCUGUUUUUAUCUGGUUGAGUUUUUGGUUAUGUGAUCUUCCUCCUGUGGUCUGAAGCAAGCAGUCUAAAUACUGUACAGAUUUGCAGCUUAACUCUUAGAGGGAGUGACUUUUGAACCAAAAAUUUCCCAGUUUGCAUUCAAUGCUGUUCACUAAUACCGGUACAGGCAUCGCCUCACUAAUGGGCAGUCGUUGGGAAAUAAUAAAAUAAUUUAGUUUAAACCCAGAAAUGGCAGGAGAGAGCUGGAAAGCAGGGAGACCUUCCCCAGAGCCCAAAGAGGGUGUCAGUAAGGGCAGAGAAAGCCCCGAAGAGACCAGAGUUGCAAUGGGACUUUAUUUAGGCUGCUCAGCCUCCCCGCCUUGACAGCUGAUGUGCAGGGUAGCGCAGUAGUAGCAGCCGUCACUUUCCUGCGUGUCCUCCAGCCUCCUGAUGGCCCCAGAGCUUCAAUUCUAGUUGUGGAUUUUUUUUGAAUACAGUAUUUUUGGUAUGGAUUGCAGAGAGAGUGGCAGAGAAAGAGAGCAUUAAAGGGUGCUCCCCACUUUAUGCAAUUUCAGAUAUGCGCACAGGGGCCUUGAACAUAACCCUCGCUUCAGUGGGGGGAUGCAUGUAAAAGCCUUCAACUGUUAAUCUGCUUUUUACUAAAAGCUGGAAUAAUUUGAUUUUUCACUGAAUAUAUUUUUCUAUGCAUGCUCUCUCACUAAAAAUAAAUGAAAAUGUAGGUGCCAUGGUAGCAACCCACCUUCACCACACAGCAUAUCAGACCAUAAUUUCAAAAAAAAUAUUCAAGGUUUUUUUUUAUCUUGCAUGCUCAUGGACACACACUCAUCAUAUACAGGAACUCCUACAUUAGAUUUUAUUGUUGACAAAGGGAAUAUGCCUUUCCAUUUCGCAUUAUAACUUGGUUUAUUGUAAGGUUUAAGUGUUCAUAUUUGGGAAAGUAAUACCUCUUUUUAAAAAUGUGAAGGUGCUAGGCUAUGUUGGUAUUGAUAAGUGUUCUCUGUUGUGAACCCUUUGCAUGUGCAGAUGCACAGAAUUUCUCUUGCCAUCCAUCGCAGUACCUUACACUCUGAAUUUUCGGAGUUGGAUCUAUUGUAACUUCAUCUUGAACCCAAGAGAAACUUCAUCAGUGGCUUCAAAAUGACAAAGAAAAGGAAACAUCAAGAAGAUUUUCAUAAGGUGAAGCUAAAAGUUGGAAAAAAGAAGCCUAGACUAGAAAAUGCAACAGAUACAAACUUCAAAACAAGAGCCAUACAUCUAUCUGAGCAGCUUAGAGAGGAUGGAGUGCUUCCAACAAAUAAUAGAAAGCUUAACAUAAAGGAUCUGCUUUCACAAAUGAACCACUAUAGUGCAGGAGUUAAACAAAGUGCCCUUUUUGGACUCAAAGAUCUGCUGUCGCAGUAUCCAUUCAUCAUUGAUGCACACCUUUCAAAUAUACUAAGUGAGCUGGCAGCUGUGUUUACAGACAAAGAUUCUGCUGUACGAGCAGCAGCAAUCUGCCUCCUUAAGUUCUUGGCUCCAAAAAUACGAGCUGAACACAUCUCUCCAUUUUUCCCAUUACUUAGUGCACAUCUUUCCAGUGCCAUGACUCAUAUCAGUGAAGGAAUUCAGGAGGAUUCUUUGAAGGUAUUGGACAUUCUGUUGGAGGAAUACCCUACUCUCCUGAUGGAUCGCAGUAGUGUGUUGCUGAAUAACUUUGUGGAACUUAUUUCUCAUCAACAACUGUCAAAACAACUGAAAAACAAAGAGAAAAUGUGCUGGAUGCUGUCUGUUAAUCCUAAUCGUAGGGUCACUUCCCAGCAAUGGAGGCUUAAUGUAUUGGUCAGGCUCCGAAAGUUCCUUCAGGUGCUGGUGGAAGGAUCCAGUGAAUUAGAAACCGACAGUGAAGGGCUACAAGAGCCUAAUGACAGCCCACAAGUACCAAGAAACUCAUUGCAUGUUAAAUGGCAGGAAUAUGCCAGUGGCCAGCAGCACAUCCAGUUGUAUGAAAAUGGUGGCCCACAGCUCAGAAUUCAUUCAUCCUUCAGGCUAAGGUCUUUGGUAAGUAUGACAGGCAGUGUUGAAAAUGGCCUGUCAUCUCCUGAGAAUCUAAAACGAUUUAUUCAAAUUAUAAUUCCAUUGCUGCUUAAUUGUUGGAUUGAAGCAUCGCCUGCACAAUUUGCGACUCCCAUUCUUGGAAAUCUUCUGGAACCUGGAUCUCAGCAGUUAAUGGAGCAAGUACUUGGUAUCGUAUACCUGUUGUGGAAGCUUGUAAAGCAAAAUGAAGAUCUGGAUGAGAUGGAAGCGUGGGUUCGAGCAAAUUACCUGAAUGAUUUCAAGCACCAUUUCAUGUCUCGCUUUCCUUACUCUUUCCAAGAAGCAAGCAAGCACCGAAAGAAAGAGCCCUUGAAAAGCAACAAGUAUUGUAUGGCAUCGUCAAACAUUGAUCAUCUCAUGUUGAAUUUAACCUUAUGUGAAAUCAUGGUCUCAUUGGCGAGUGCUUCAACACUGCAAAUGGAUUCUCAUUGGCUAGAUAUGAUUAGAAAGUUUGUGAUAGAGACCCUCCACGAUGGUUGUAAGCUCCCCCUUCACAAUGGCUGUAAGUUAAACAGUAAGCAAUUGAAUAAAUUGCUCAAAGUGACUUGGAGACUUCUGCAGAUACAAAUAAACAAAGUGGCAGCAGAGACGCUAAUGAAAGCCGUGUAUGCUCUUUACCAGCAAAGAAACCUUUCUUUCCCUAUUCGUACAUUGCUUUUGAAUUUUUUUAGCAGAGUUUAUCAGAAGGAAGAGUUGAACCUUCAUACGAACAGAAGCAGGAGUAAAGUAUUAACUCGUUGGCUGGCUGGUCUACCUCAACAACUUGUUCUUCUUGGUUUGAGAAACGCCGAGCUUUCGAACCAGUUGAUUGGUACUAUUUAUUCUGCUGCAUCCCAGGCAAACAAAGAAAUCCUGCAAAGUUUGCAAGCUGCUGCUCCUCGAAUUUACGAUCCACUAGAUGGUGCUGUCGCUAUUUUGCCAGAAGAAUCGCAACAACGUUUGGUCCAACUGGUCUAUUUUUUGCCACAUUUACCAGGCAAUCUGCUUUCUUCUCUCAGUCGCUGCUGCAUUAUGGGAAAACUGUCGGCAAAGUUAUCGACAACUCUUAUCGGAAUAGUGCGUAUGAGAUCCUCUUUUGUGGGAUGGAAGUACCCAGUGCAAGGCAACUCAGUGACUGAUCUGGAUUACUUCAGCUUCUUGUUUUCAACCCUUACAGGCUUCUCCCGAGAAGAGCUGACUAACCUGCAGAGCAUCAGAGGGAGGCCACACAUAAGCCAAACACAGCUCUCCACGGUCCAGAUCUACUUGACAGAUCUGGACCAGUUUUCAUAUCACUGGGCAAUGACAGAGGUGGUGACCCAGUGCCUGUCUACUAUACCUUCAAGAAGCCAGUGCAUAGAUAUUGUACAAAAUGGCAUUUGCAAAUACCUGGCAGGGUUGACUGUAAUACCCGACAGUGCUGCUGGAUCCGUUUUGUGUGCCAUUAGUAAGCUCUUGGAUCAAGCGUGCCUGCUUAAUGAAAACCUUGCAAAGUUCCUAGCGUCUUUGUGUUACAGUCUCCUUUAUCUCCUCUUAACGAUAGAGAGAGAAGAUACAGAACACAUGCAGAAGAGGGACGCAUUGUGGAGUUGCUGCAUUUCCGUGCUCACCGCCUUGCCUCGCGUAUUGAGGCUGAUGUUGCAGAGUCUUCAAGUGAGCAGAGUCUGUCCGGAGGAAUUGCCUGUCCUUGCCCAGCUCCUCCGCUUGCUAAUGCAACACGGACAGCUUCGAAGUCAUAUGGUGACCAAUGAACUUCUGGUGAAACAGAUUGUCAAAGAUAUAACGGUAUUGAAGAGUGGCGAAGCUCAAGACCAGUGGCUGACAGACCUCCAUUACUAUUACAAUAUAUACUUAGCCACACAUCCCCCAGGAUCUGGUGCAGCUGACACAGUAUAUUAAAGGGAACAACUGCAUUUGAUUGCAGGUCUCAGUGCAAAAUGUCAAUUUUCUGUGGAAAUUGAAGUUACAUUUCAUUAAAAAGACUUUUUCACGUAAAAAAGCUACUUUUGCUGUAUUUGUACCAAAAAUUCAAAAGCAGCUGGUUCUGAGCAGCUUGCUGCCAUCACUAAGGGCCAAACUAUACAUGAUGUGAAAUGUGUCUUUGCGUUUCAAAGGUGGAAAGUGUCUGCUAGGAAGACUGACAACUUCUGAAAUUGCAGCAGGCCUGGAAGGGAAGUUUUCCCUCCCCUCCUUCUGUGAUCCUGAGGGAAAUCCCUUGUCUGAAGCUGGUGCAAAGGGGGAUUUCUUUCCAGUGCAAAUAGUAGCUGCCCCAUAAGCGUGCAGGGAGGAACUUUCACAGAGAGGCUGCUGAUGCAGAGGGCCAGAAGAGAACUGUGCAGGAAGUUUUAAAAGCUGCUUCUGGAGGAGAGUGAACACUUUGUUGGCUAGGGUGAAUGAAGAGAUUGUGGAAAAAUGCCAGUUUCAUUGGGUGGCCUCCCAGCUCCCCCCCAGCAACUUUUGUAACACAUUAUUCUUGACGUAUGUAGUAAAAAAAAAAAAUCCUUUUGCAUAUUAUUUUUCUUAUAAAACUGAGGAGUGUCUUAACUAUCUUUUUAUUAUUAGCCUGAGAUUUUGUCAUACUUGCUCAUUUUCAUAGUUCAUAAUAAAGUUCAAGACAGCGUUGUCCAAACUAGCAGAGAGCUGCAAAACCUGUUGGAUAUUUUGGUGAAUGCAGUGGUUUGACAAAAGAUAAUGGCUUCAUCUGUCAGCGUGGAACUGCUGACUUGUGACUACUUUUGAGCAAGGUGUCUUGAGUACUGUUGGUUCAGAUCUGCUUCUAUUGGAAGGAAGGAAGGCAGGAGCAAAUCAUUGAGGAUUUCUGCUGCUAGGCUGGUGUGAACCUUUUGGGCCUUGUAUAUUACUGAUU